CGUGUGCACGCGAAAAAAUCAGAUACAAAAGCCAAAAGCCAAAAGCGCAAAAAAACAAAACAAAAUAAACGCAAACUGUAAAACAAACAGCAACAAAAUAUUCAAAAAUUUCGUUGUCUUGCCUGUUUUGUUAUUAUUACAAUUGUUAUUGUUGUAGUUGCUUGUGUUUCGUUUGCAUCGAAGAAUUACAGCUUAACAAAUUACACGAAAAUUACUCAAUGUGGCCGGACUUGAACAAGUUAAAUAAAUAACUAAAAUAUUCAAAUUGUAACAAUCUAAAGUGCAUAAUUACGAGUGUCCAAAAUGGUGAAAAACAAUAACAAUCUGGAGGCAGAUGUGAAAACGAUUGCCAACGGACACCCGCUCCAAAAUGGCAAUGGUACCGCUGUUGGAGUGGCAGCGACCACACCACAAGCUGCCCCAAACGGUUGGCGUGAAGCCAUUUGGAAUACUUGGGAUGCAUUCGCUGAUGUCGCGUGGUUCAUCAUCUGCUGCUUAGGUUAUAUAUUUCAGGACCUUUAUUACAUUACCUUUGGCUAUCCCGAAAAGGAACUCAGCACUGACAUUGCACUAAUCACUGGCGGCGGCAAUGGAUUGGGUCGUCUGCUGGCCGAAAGACUCGGCAAAAUGGGCACCAAAGUCGUCAUCUGGGACAUUAACAAACAGGGCAUUGCGGAAACCAUUGAGAUCGUGGAAGCGGCGGGUGGCUAUUGCAAGGGCUAUGUUGUGGAUAUAUCAAAGAAAGAAGAGGUCUACAAAGCGGCCGAUGUCAUCAGAGACGAAGUCGGUGAUGUUACGUUGCUGAUCAAUAAUGCUGGUGUUGUGUCUGGGCUGCACCUGUUGGAAACGCCAGACCAUCUCAUCGAGCGCUCAUUCCAUGUGAAUGUUAUGGCACACUUUUGGACCGCAAAAGCGUUUCUGCCCAAAAUGAUUGAGAAAGAACGAGGACACAUCGCAACGAUAGCCUCACUGGCUGGCCAUGUUGGCAUUAGCAAAUUGGUUGAUUACUGCGCCAGCAAAUUUGCAGCGGUUGGCUUUGACGAGGCACUGCGUCUGGAGCUGGAAGUCCUCGGACACACGAACAUUCAUACCACCUGCAUUUGUCCGUUCUUCAUUCAGGCGACGGGCAUGUUUGACGAUGUGAAUGCCAGAUGGGUGCCCACAUUGAAUCCCAACGAUGUGGCCGAUCGCGUCAUCUCAUCCAUUAGGAAGAACGAGAAACUUGCAGUCAUUCCCGGUUUCAUUAAGUUCCUGCUGUCCUUCAAGUGGACUUUCCCUUGGGGUUGUGUGGGCGGUUUGUUGCGUCGCCUGGUGCCCGAUGCCUCGCCCCAUAGUCUGCCCAGUAGCAGUGUCAGCUGCAACGCCAAACACAAGACCAGCAACAAUAACAACAACAACGAGAUGAAGGUAAACAGCAGCAUCAUUCCCAACACCACCACCACCACCGUUGCGAAUAUUGCCGAACUGGAUGCUCAGUUGAACAGCGCCAGCAUUACGGCCAUGCCGGCCAAAUCACCCUCGAUGCUCAUCCAGCGGACACCCUCAUUGGGGGAACGGGUGCUAUGAGGAGUGCCGCUACUCCUGCUCCACCUCCUUUUUGGAGUUUUACGAGUGAAGUGUGUGUAAUUGAAUUUGUGUUUUUGGCAUUCGUUUACAUUAAAUUUAUGUUUGUUUUUUUUUGUUUCAAAAUAUUUUUGGGUCAGGCAACCAUCAGCGAUAGCCUUUUUCUGUUGUUUUGGUUGUAUUCGUUGUCACAAAAAAAAAAAGAAGCAAUUUAAUAAUUUUAAGCUACGAGUCUAGUGAUAUUACAUUUAGUUAUGUUGUGCCCAGAGCGGCCCUCGAAUACGAUUAGUUCUUUAAAUGCUGAUUCGUACUUUUGUACACAAAGAGAGAGAGACAGAGAGAGAGAGGGAGAAGAGAGGGAGAGCGUGAGAGAUGGAGAGUCAGGCGCAGUCAGGUCUUGAAUGCAUUUGUUUUUGGUUAUAGUUUUUAAAGAAGAAAAAAUAACCCCUCUGUUAAUUGUAAUUGUAAAAUUAGUUAAUGAUUUAUCGUUAUGUAGGGCAUUGUUGCCUAUUUUCUAUUUUAGCAUAGGCCGCGUGAUUUCUCCAAUCGACUUUUGCCGUAGUUAAACUUUAUGCAUAACAACAAUAAUAAUCUUUUCAUACAAGAAAUCUAUAUAUAUUUUUUCUUAAAUACUACUAGCUAGCAUUAUUUUAAUAUUAACUCAACUAAUACUAAGUUAGCCGGCGAACAAAAACACGUUCAAAAGUUACCACAUUUCUUAGCUAAUACCAUUUUGUGCACAUCGAGUAUUUAGUAAAUGCG